AUGAACUGGCAAUCUUUGGCCCUCUGUCUCUUAUGCUUGAGUCAACGUUGUCUCGCUGACAAUGGCAUGGAUAUGUCCAUGGAUGAUGGUAUGAGUCUUGCCGUGGGGAACAUGCUCGCGUACCUGCACUUUACCCCAGGAGACAACCUGUGGUUCCUUGGCUGGGUUCCUAAGAGUUCGGGAGCUAUGAUUGGCACAUGUAUCGCACUGUUUAUGUUGGCGUUGGUCGAGCGCUGGAUAGCAGCUUGUCGAGGAGUGAUGGAAUUCCACUGGGGCCAGCAAGCGAAUAUCAUUACGUCAAAUAAACUACAUACCCUACCAACUCCAUCAUCUCCCAUCUCGUUCAUAAAACGGUUCACGCCUCCCUUCAUUCCUGCGCAUGACAUUACACGUGGGGUCAUCUUUGCAGCGCAGGCGCUGCUGGGUUACCUCUUCAUGCUGACAGUCAUGACAUACCAGCUGGGUUUCAUACUCUCCCUUGUGGUGGGGCUCGGAGUAGGAGAGUGUCUCUUUGGAAGGUUUAGUAGUAUUACGCAUGCGCAUUGA